AUGCGCGUCCCAAUUGAGAAAGAACGUCUUUCGGCCGCUGGUGUAAUCUUAUUCGAUCAGUCAAAGGGAGAGGCUGCGUCAUUAAAUCAACAUUUUAAGGAAUUACAAAGACGGCUAAAAACUUCGUGGAAAAUUCUGGUGAACACUGAUGAAAUAACUAUAAGUCGGAUUGAGGCUGCUAAGGUCUUUAUUAUUGCUGGACCAACAGAAAAAUUUAGUGUAAAUGAGUUUGAAGCCAUUAAUACCUAUUUGAAUAAAGGUGGGUCAGUGUUGGUUGUCCUUGGUGAAAAUGGUGAAAGCAAGUACCCGACAAAUAUCAAUUACUUACUGGAGCAAUAUGGAAUACUGAUCAAUAAUGAUGCUGUAGUCAGGACGUCAUAUUACAAAUACUUUCACCCAAAGGAGGCUCUUAUACCAAACGGAAUACUAAACAGAGCUAUAGGCGAAGCUGUUGGAAGAGUUUCUACUUUACCUGGAGGCGAUGAUGUUUGUCCAAAGCAAGCGUUGCAAUUCCUGUACGCUUUUGGUGCUACGCUAAACGUUGCUAAGCCAGCUAAGGUCCUUCUUUCAACUGGCAGUGUUGCAUUUCCCCUUAAUCGACCAUCUCCCGAAGGUGCGGUUGGAAAACUGGCUGUCGUCGGUAGCCUUGCAAUGUUUACUGAUGCUUACAUAAAUAAGGAAGACAAUGCCAGGAUUUUUGAAGUACUCAUCACUUAUCUUGCGUCUGAUGCGGUCAAACUAAAUGCCAUCGACGCCCAGGAUCCAGAAAUUGAGACGUACUUCCAGGUCCCCAAUAUUGCCAACCUUGCCAACAACCUGAAAGCCUGUCUGCAAGAAAGUGAAGAGAUCCCGAGAAACCUCGAUGCCGUUUUCGAUCAGAAACUUUACGCAAUGGACACCUCUAUGGUGCCUAAAGCACUUGCAGCCUACGAAAAAUUGCGUGUGAAACAUGAGCCGCUUAGCUUGAUCACUCCCGAAUUCGAAACGCCGCUACCUCCACUACAACCGGCAGUAUUUCCUCCUAAUUUCCGCGAGCCAGGACCUCCAUCCCUGGAACUGUUUGAUCUUGAUGAACAGUUCUCUUCGGAAAAGUCUCGCCUAGCCCAGGAAGCUAACAAGUGUACAGAAGAAGAUUUGGAAUACUUCAUUUUGCACUGCGGAGAAGUUUGUGGUAUUGCCCAAAAACUGCCACAAUCACAAUGCACAGCCAGGAAUAUCCUUGAGCUUACAUUGAUGGAACUGGUGGAAUUUAAGAAAAUAAACACUGUAAGUCUAUCCUUGUAA